AGAGAGAGAGAGAGAGAGAUAUCAGUGUCGGUCCAGAGAUUUUGAUACAAUCAUGGCUGACGAAGAAAACCCAAAUGAAGUUAAGGAGGAGUUGGCUGAUAAUGCCCCAUUUGAUCCAACUAAAAAGAAGAAAAAGAAGAAGGUUGUAAUUCAAGAUCCUGCAGAUGAUGCUGUGGACAACUUGGCCGAGAAAACUGAAAGUUUAUCAGUUUCUGAUGGUCUUGAGAGUACCUUUUCUGGGUUGAAAAAGAAGAAGAAAAAAUCAGUGCAUACGGACUUGUUGAGUGAUGAGAAAGAAAGUGUAGUGGAUGAUUUAGAUGAUCAUAUUGGAGACGAUGAAGAAGGAGAAGGAAUCAUCUUGCAGCCACAGUUUCCAUGGGAAGGGAGUGACCGAGAUUAUAAAUAUGAAGAGCUUCUGGAUCGUGUGUUCCAUAUUCUGCGUGAGAAUAAUCCGGAGCUUGCUGGAGAUAGACGUAGAACAGUAAUGAGGCCACCUCAAGUUCUUCGUGAAGGCACAAAGAAAACUGUAUUUGUGAACUUUAUGGAUCUAUGCAAGACUAUGCAUAGGCAACCAGAGCAUGUUAUGACAUUCUUGCUGGCUGAAAUGGGGACGAGUGGAUCACUUGAUGGACAGCAAAGAUUAGUUGUGAAGGGAAGAUUUGCACCAAAAAAUUUUGAGGGUAUCCUGAGGAGAUAUGUCAAUGAGUAUGUCAUUUGCAAUGGUUGCAAAAGUCCUGACACAAUUCUCUCAAAGGAGAAUCGUCUCUUCUUUCUUAGAUGUGAGAAGUGUGGUUCUGGGCGAUCAGUUGCUCCAAUCAAGGCUGGUUUUGUAGCCCGUGUUGGUCGCCGGAAGGCUGGAACAUGAUGAUGUGGCGAGUUACAUUUAUUCUCUCCGGAAGAUUUUCAUGUAGUUGAGAUAACACUGAGCUGUGUUUUCAGACUGUUUCAGAAAAAAAAAAGUUUUUUUUU